GAUGCUCAAAAAGAAAAAGAAUUGCAUAGCUCACUCAAAUCGGAAGUUAAUAGGCAUUUAUCAAAAGACAUGGUAGUUAUUUUGGAUUCUGGAAAUUAUGUAAAAGGUUACAGAUAUGAACUAUAUUGCUUGAGUAAAAGUUGCAAAACUACUCAUUGUGUGAUACAUUGUGAUCUUCUUUCUUCUGAUUGCUGGUUGCAUAACACAACUAGACAACCUGAUCAAAUUUAUGAAAAGCACAUAUUUGAUGCUCUUAUCCAGAGGUUUGAAGCGCCAGAUUCUAGAAAUAGAUGGGAUUCACCUCUGUUUACCUUGCAUAAAGAUGAGCAGCUUCCUCUUGAAAAUAUAGCAAUGGCAUUAUUCAUGCAAAAAGCACCUCCACCAAAUUUAUCUACACAAUGUCAACCACUUGCAUCUACAAAUUUCUUAUAUGACUUGGAUAGAACAACCCAAGAUAUUGUGAAAAACAUACUUGAUGCUCAAAAGACAUCUGUGCCUGGAGAUACAAUUAGCAUACCUAACACAGAACAAAAAAUUGUUUUAUUCAAAAUUCUAACAGCUGGAGAACUGUCCAGAAUACGAAGACAGUUUAUUUCAUACACCAAAAGCCAUCCAGUUUAUGACAGCAAUAACAUUACAAACAUGUUCAUUCAAUAUGUAAAUAAGAGUAUAUGAUAUAAAAAUAAAUUUAAUUUUAAGCUUUUUGUUCAAAAUUUUCCCUUUAAAUAUCAAGUGACAGUCCAGUUUUUAAUCUUGAACACUACAACUGCUUUUGGGAGUU